UGAUACAUUUAUCAUCUUUUGGAGUUUCCAAGGUGUGAUUUUGAUUGGUUGGCUGAAUUCGUUUCUUUCGAUUUCGUUUUUUGGUUUUUGGUGAGAUUGUUAUUGUUUCAAUGGUGGCCAUCCUUGAGGUUUGCCUCCUCCUCCUCCUAUCUGUCAAAUGGGUCUAGUAGCAACCGUGUAUCUGCCUUGGCCAUUUUUGAACAUUAUUUGAAUCUAAACAAACUCAGUGGCUAUCUUUAGAGACCAUUAAUUGAGCUUUUUUUCAUACGUUGAAAUAUUUGGAAUCUUUAUAAGGUUACUGCUAUUGUAUUGUGCUUUUUGUUACCAGAAAAUCAAGUCUUGGUUUUAUUGGGCUCUCUACCUAGCCAAAGUAGGGAAUGGGGAGUUGGAAUUUUUUGCUAAAAAUUCACAUGUAGAUUCGCGGAUGGGUAUGAACUUUUUGUUCUCAUGUAUCGGCUCGUAACUGUAAAUAACAAGCCCUACAAUUACAUGUUUACAAAGCUCAGUUUUCAUUCUCUUGUUAUUAUUUUCAAUUCAAUUAGUUUUAACCGAUCAAGUACUAAUCAUCAUUUCUCAAUUCUCAUGUGUUGAUGGGAAUUUAGUGUCUGUUCUAUAACUAUUUAUGUUAGUUUCUAUGAAUAUAUCCCUCGCAAUCAUUAAAUAUGCUAAUGCAUCAACGAUUUAGUGCUUAUGAGUUGUGGAUAUCUUUUAAGUUAGGCACAAAACUUGGCAUACUUGCUUGCAUGGGUCUCCCUUAUAAUUCAAAUAAUUUUACUUUUAGUAUGUCAUGGAUUAGCCAAUUGGAAGAUACAAAUUAUAAACUUGUUUCAUUUUACUUUUAUGUAUCAUACCAGUUGUUCUUUGUUCUGCUCCCCUUGAAAAUUUUAAGGGAAUAUGUAGACAUGGUUCGAAUGAAAAGAGAGAUUAUAGUUGAUUUACCAAGUAUCAUGGCUGUGUGAGUUUGUGGUGUUUGAUGGUUGCUGAAGUGAGUUUGUUCAAGAAAAGUUAGCAAAGGAAAACAAAUUGAUGGUGUGUGUUUAUUUAUGUGACAAACGAUAGAUAUCCAACAUUAAAUUCAUCUAAACUAAGAUCAGAGAACUUCAAGUUUAGUGUAGACGGAGAUGCUGCUCUAACCAACUUAGCUAACCCUAGGUCCAUAAAUUGAUGGUUUACAGUGAGCUUACAAGGUGGAUCUAGCUGUGCAAGCCCGUUCAAGUCCUUUAUAAUAACUGACAUAACAAAGGAAUGGGGGAAUCAAUUCCCAUCAAAUAUGUUUCUCAAGCAUUUCAAACAAACAGUCUCUCUUGCAUGUGGAUAGAUACACAUGUAAACAUGACCCGGUUAAAGCUAAUCUUGGCCUUUGAUUCUUUAGUUAUAGAAACCAACGUUUCAGAUUUAGUUUGAAGAGAAUAAUUGCAGACCUUCGAAGACCACUUGAAAAUUUUACCUUCUCCAUCUCCAUUGUCUUCACGAGGAAGACCUGAAAACACAACUUACAGAGCCCUGCUUUUCCUUCUCUUUCUUCCUCUUCCUCCUCCUCCUCCAAAGUCAAGAUUGAUAAGUCUUCACCACCAAUUGGAUCGUUGAAUUUGUGCAGGUUUGGAGUAUUGAGCUCGAUUGCAUAACACCUUGCCGAGGAAAAUGAGCAGUGAUCCGAUGAACCCACCUGGACUGGUCGUAUCGACCACCGAACCCAUCCUCUCAUUCCUCACCUCAGCUUCCACAGACCCACACCUCUCUCAUGAACUCCAGCAAAUUGCUUCCAAUCUAUCCUCCAAACCCACUGUACCGUACAAGUCUCUCCGAGCUCUUUGGGUUGCAUCUGAUGCCUCGACCCGACCGCACUUGGCCCAACUCUUCUCCGGAUGCGAGUUCGUCCUCACCAGCCCCAAACCCAGAGAAAAGAGUGAGGAGUUGAAGGCUAGACUUAAGAAGCUGGCUGAAGUUUUGGAGAGGAAUGCGUAUGCAGAACUUGUGAAGGAUAUUACACCUAAAAAAGAAACCACUGAGCCUUUCUCUUCUUACAAGGAUCAACUUGGCUUUGGUUUACAUGUUGUGGUGACCAUGUUUACCUGCUAUUUGGUAGGAUAUGCUGCAUUCAGAGCUUUGUUUAACCACAGUCCCGUCAUGAAUGCUGCUGGAGGCAUUCUUGGAUUGGUCAUUGGCAUGCUCGUGGAGACAUUUAUUUUCAUUAUUAGAACUUCUAGUCAAGAUCUCAGAUCAUCUUCUUCCACAUCCAAGCUAAAGAAGAAUCAGUAGGCUUGGUCUUUGGAGGUUUCGAUGCGGAGGAUGAAACGUAAACAGAGGAGAAAUGUCUAUGUUACUAAAUACACUCGUAUACUUCAAACAAUCAGGUACAUUCUUGUACUCAUAGAGUUAUCCGUCGGCCUGAUUUGCAUGAAGCCGGACAAGUAUGGCUGUUAGUUUUACAGAUCGAUCGUGGGUUUACCACCGAAAGAUUAAAUCAACGUAUUAUAGUGGACCUUUUUUUGUAUUACCAUUACAUCCCAGUGGGAUGUUUUUUGGAUGGUGGUUUGGGAUCAAGAUCUUUGUACCCUUUUCAAUGUUUUCGCAAAUUUGUGCCACAAGAAACACUUGAGACUAACAUCUGCAGAUUAUUUGAAUCAUUAUGCACACA